AUGCGGCUCACGCGCGUCGCAGGUCGCAAGUGGCCUCAGCCGGAGUCCGAGUCCGAACCCGAGCGGGAGGGAGCCGGGCAGCAGUGCCGGCCGCCGUUUCCUGCCGUGCGGGCCGGGCUCCGGGCUGAUUUUGAGUGGCUUCACAAACAGUACCAGCAGGCUCUGGUUCUAGAAUUUGCUGUGGAGGAGAUCAACAGGGACCCUGAUCUUUUGCCCAACACUUCUCUGGGAUUCCAUAUCUACAAUGCCGAUCACAGUGAUGUUAGGACCUCAGAGAGCUCCCUGAGGUGGCUUUCUGGAGGGGAUUCAACCAUCCCCAAUUACAGCUUCCAAAGGCAGGCCAAGUCAGCACUUAGUAUUAGAGGGAACACAUCACCCCUGUCUCUUCAGAUGGAGGCACUAUUUGUGCUCUAUAAGUUGCCACAGACUGCCGUCUCUGAGUGUUCUCCAAGCUGUGGCCCUGGAUUUAGGAAAACUGUUUGGGACAUGGAGCCCAUCUGCUGCUUUGACUGUGUCCUGUGCCCAUUGGGGGAGAUUUCCAACAAGACAGCUAAGGAGAAGCAGUGUGUCGGUUGCCCAGAGGACCAGUACCCAAACAAGGAGAGAGAUCGCUGCCUCCCCAAGGCCACCACCUUCCUGGCCAUAGAAGAAUUCUUGGGAAUGACCUUGGCCUAUGCAGCUCUUUCCUUCUCUCUCCUCACAGUUCUAGUUCUGGGGGUCUUUGUGAGGCAUCAGGACACUCCCAUCGCCAAAGCCAACAAUCGGUCCCUCAGCUGUAUUCUCCUCAUCUCCCUGACCCUCUGCUUCCUCUGCUCCUUGCUCUUCUUUGGUCAUCCUACCAGAGUGACCUGCCUCCUCUGACAAACAACAUUUGGGAUUGUAUUCACAAUAGCUCUUUCCACCACUUUGUCAAAGACCAUCACUGUGGUUCUGGCCUUUAAGGCCACAAGACCAGAGAGCAGGAUCAGGCACUGCACAGGGCCCAGAGCUUCUAACUCUUUCAUUCUCAUCAGCUCCCUGGUCUAAAUGACGCUCUGUGAGGUGUGGUUGGUGAGCUCUCUCUCCUUUCCAGACACAGACCCACACUCUGAGCCUGCACUUAUCAUCAUAGGGUGUAAUGAGGGCUCAGCCAUGGCCUUCUACUGGGUCCUAGGACACAUGGGCGUCCUGGCCUUGGUCAGCUUCUCUAUUGCUUUUGCAGCCAGGAACCUCCCCGACACCUUCAAUGAGCCCAAGUUCCUCACAUUCAGCAUGCUGGUCUUCUGUAGCAUCUGGGUGUCCUUCCUGCCCACCUACCAGAGCACCACAGGGAAGGCCGUGGUGGCCGUGGAGAUCUUCUCCAUACUGGCCUCCAGCCUGGGGUUACUGGGAUGCAUUGCCCCAAAGUGCAAUGUGAUACUGCUGAGACCAGACAGGAACACCCAGUUAUGGAUAAAGAGGAAGGGAGAUUUGGGAAACGAAGCUAAUUCUAAAACUUUGCCUUAA